CCAACACUCAUGCUCAACAUUCAACGAUACUGGGGUUCAUACCGGCUAGACGCCCUCGAACGUCAAUCCAUUAUAUGGCCUGAAUCCCAGUAGCGAUAACGCUGGCAAAGAAAAGUCGACUGAGAAAGUUGCUGUUUCUAGUAAAAGGUCUUCAGGAAGCUGCUGUUUCUAGCACAAGUAAUCGACAUACAAGACGUAAGAGACGGAUUGUGACUGUGAUUAGCGUUCGUCGUCACCGGGUGUCUUCGGGAGAUCCGGAAUCUACCGACAAGGGUGCGAGAAGCCAGAAACCCUUUGAAGCUAUUCGCGAUGCCGCUGUUCUCGUGGUCUGGUGAAUUCACCAUGUCGGUCAAGAUUGACGGACGAGACGCCACCGUCUAUCAAGAGAAGCAUCACCAGGAAGGAGUCGGUAGGACGAGGUCGGAAGGUUGGAUCUGCAGUGAAGUCGGCAAGUCGUACACGAUCGGUCUUGAGUCACAAGGUUACCACGCUCGGAUAGACCCUCGCACCAAGCACAAGGAUAUCUCAGCACAUCUGAGAAUCGAUGGUGUAAAGACCGAAGGUCAAGCUGUUUAUCAUCUCGAUGAGCGCUUCCGUUUCAAAGGUCCUAUCGAUCACAACAAACAGCGUCGUCCGUACGUGUUCCAGAAGCCGGAACUACGGGCUGAGGAUGGCGAUGACGGUUCGGAGACUACAAUCAACACUGCCAUCGGAACCCUUGAGAUAGUACUGUGUCGUGUACAGUACUACCCUCGGAAACAGUCUUUCACGUACAAAGAGGUGGUCAAUCUGACUCCAGCACUCUCGGAGAAGCAUAAGAAGGGUUUACUCACCUCCGUGACUCAAUACGGUCCCCCAGUACCCGCGAAAAGUUAUAGGACGACGUCCAAGAGAAAGAGCACGCAAGAUAAGGAAGGUUUGCCGUACUGUAAGAUGACGAUCCGCUACGCUUCGAAGGAAGUUCUGCAAGCGAUGGGCAUCAUCCCUCGCGACCCUCGACCUCCUACCCCACCCGCCGAAUUGCAUGCCAGUACACCUACCCCACCACCCGAGGCCAUCGAAGCUAAACGCACCAUUGCCCAAAGCCCCAGUCUUUGCGUCGACGUCGACCCUACCGAUACAAGUGCUGGGAACGCCUCGAUUAAGAGGAAACGAGGGGAAGAAGACGUCGACGCUGACGACAAGGCCGUCUUGAAAAGAAAGUUGCAGAGCGAGAUGACGGAAGCGCUGAGAGGAGAAUGCGAUUCACGAGACUAUAACCCUAGACAUCUGGACGAAUACAAACCACGUCAACAGCGGGCGAUGUUGUCCGCGUUGCGGGAAAUGGUUCCCCCAUUACGGGAAUAAUUCCGAAGUGAAUGAAACGCGAGAUCUGUUUCCUCUCACGUCGGCCAUUGUCACCGGAUCACCAAACGAUUCCAUUAAUCUGCUUGUCGUCGAGCUCGUGAUAUAGUAUUCGGAGUUAGGAAUUGAUAUGUUCUCAACUCCAAAUUGUGUGGAAAGUAAAAAGGAAACCAGCCGAACGACUGAAACAAGUUAAUCUUCGGAAGAACAAUGACGUGUAGCUAGGAUGCAAAGAAUUGUUAGCAGAAACAAGUGGAAUGAUCGUCCGUAAAAAAAAAAGUUUUA